ACUAGGAGAGUAAUUAAAGCCAAUUAGGAGCAGCUGCUUCACCUGCUAUAAAGACCACUUGUGGUCCCACUAACUUUCUGACUCUGGCUGGUGCAAUGGACACGGCGUGGCUCCUACUGGUCCUGGUGCAUACGGUCUUGAUUGCCCAAGGCCCGUGUUUGACACAUGAUGGCACCAAAGUGAGACCCAAUGGGGGACUUGACAAAGGAGAAAUGUAUCCCAACAACUCCAUUAAGAGGGCUUAUGAAUUUCUUCAGUCAAUGGAGACCAUGUUGGAAAAGCAAGUUAAAGAAGUACAAAUGGAAACCAAAGAAGUGGAAACCGAAGCAUUGCUCGGCUUAAAAGACAUUUUCCAAGUAAACAAGCUGAAAGGCCAAAAUACAGUGACUGAUUUAUUUCAGCAAAUGUCAAACGUUCAGAAUAAGAACUUCACCCACAGCCAAAACCAGAGUCAUAACAUGGGUUACAAUGUGACUUCUGAUGACCACUCAAGCCACGGCCACCACCAGGGCGACAUGGGCCACAAUGUGACUUCUGAUGACAACUCAAGCAACGGCCACGACAACACAAGCCACGGCCACCAAAAUGACAUGGGCCACAAUGUGACUUCUGAUGACCACUACGACAAUUCUAGCCAGAGCGACAUUGGCCACAAUGUGACUUCUGAUGACAACUCAAGCAACGGCCUCCACCAGAGCGACAUGGGCCAUCACCAUGACAACACAAGCCAUGGCCACCAAAAUGACAUGGGCCACAAUGUGACUUCUGAUGACCACUAUGACAACUCAAGCAACGGCCAUCACCAUGACAACUCAAGCAAAGGCUACAAAAAUGACAUGGGCCACAAUGUGACUUCUGAUGACCACUAUGACAACUCAAGCCACGGCCACCACCAGGGCAACAUGGGCCACAAUGUGACUUCUGAUGACCACUAUGACAACACAAGCCACGGCCACCACCAGAGCGACAUGGGCCAUCACCAUGACAACACAAGCCAUGGCCACCAAAAUGACAUGGGCCACAAUGUGACUUCUGAUGACCACUACGACAAUUCAAGCCAGAGCGACAUGGGCCACAAUGUGACUUCUGAUGACCACUACGACAAUUCAAGCCAGAGCGACAUGGGCCACAAUGUGACCUCUGAUGACAACUCAAGCAACGGCCUCCACCAGAGCGACAUGGGCCAUCACCAUGACAACACAAGCCACGGCCACCAAAAUGACAUGGGCCACAAUGUGACUUCUGAUGACCACUAUGACAACUCAAGCAACGGCCACCACCAGAGCGACAUGGGCCAUCACCAUGACAACACAAGCAAAGGCUACCAAAAUGACAUGGGCCACAAUGUGACUUCUGAUGACCACUAUGACAACUCAAGCAAUGGCCACCACCAGAGCGAAAUGGGCCAUCACCAUGACAACGCAAGCAAAGGCUACCAAAAUGACAUGGGCCACAAUGUGACUUCUGAUGACCACUAUGACAACUCAAGCAACGGCCACCACCAGAGCGACAUGGGCCACAAUGUGACUUCUGAUGACCACUAUGACAACUCAAGCAACGGCCACCAACAGAGUGACAUGGGCCAUCACCAUGACAACUCAAGCCAAGGCUACCAAAAUGACAUGGGCCACAAUGUGACUUCAGAUGACCACCAGAGCGACAUGGGCCACCACCAGAGCGACAUGGGCCACAUUGUAACUUCUGUUGACCACUAUGACAACUCAAGCAACGGCCACCACCAGAGCGACAUGGGCCAUCACCAUGACAACUCAAGCCAAGGCCACCAAAAUGACAUGGGCCACAAUGUGACUUCUGAUGACCACUAUGACAACUCAAGCAACGGCCAUCACCAUGACAACACAAGCAAAGGCUACCAAAAUGACAUGGGCCACAAUGUGACUUCUGAUCACCACUAUGACAACUCAAGCAACAGCCACCACCAGAGCGACAUGGGCCAUCACCAUGACAACUCAACCCAAGGCUACCAAAAUGACAUGGGCCACAAUGUGACUUCUGAUGACCACUACGACAAUUCUAGCCAGAGCGACAUUGGCCACAAUGUGACUUCUGAUGACAACUCAAGCAACGGCCUCCACCAGAGCGACAUGGGCCAUCACCAUGACAACACAAGCCAUGGCCACCAAAAUGACAUGGGCCACAAUGUGACUUCUGAUGACCACUAUGACAACUCAAGCCACCACCAGAGCGACAUGGGCUACAAUGUGACUUCUGAUGACCACUAUGACAACUCAAGCAACAGCCACCACCAGAGCGACAUGGGCCACAAUGUGACUUCUGAUGACCACUAUGACAACUCAAGCCACCACCAGAGCGACAUGGGCCACAAUGUGACUUCUGAUGACCACUAUGACAACUCAAGCAACGGCCACCACCAGAGUGACAUGGGCCAUCACCAUGACAACUCAAGCCAAGGCUACCAAAAUGACAUGGGCCACAAUGUGACUUCAGACGACCACUAUGACAACUCAAGCGACGGCCACCACCAGAGCGACAUGGGCCAUCACCAUGACAACUCAAGCCAAGGCUACCAAAAUGACAUGGGCCACAAUGUGACUUCUGAUGACCACUAUGACAACUCAAGCAACAGCCACCACCAGAGCGACAUGGGCCACAAUGUGACUUCUGAUGACCACUAUGACAACUCAAGCAAUGGCCACCACCAGAGCGACAUGGGCCAUCACCAUGACAACGCAAGCAAAGGCUACCAAAAUGACAUGGGCCACAAUGUGACUUCUGAUGACCACUAUGACAACUCAAGCAACGGCCACCACCAGAGCGACAUGGGCCACAAUGUGACUUCUGAUGACCACUAUGACAACUCAAGCAACGGCCACCAACAGAGUGACAUGGGCCAUCACCAUGACAACUCAAGCCAAGGCUACCAAAAUGACAUGGGCCACAAUGUGACUUCAGAUGACCACCAGAGCGACAUGGGCCACCACCAGAGCGACAUGGGCCACAAUGUAACUUCUGUUGACCACUAUGACAACUCAAGCAACGGCCACCACCAGAGCGACAUGGGCCAUCACCAUGACAACUCAAGCCAAGGCCACCAAAAUGACAUGGGCCACAAUGUGACUUCUGAUGACCACUAUGACAACUCAAGCAACGGCCAUCACCAUGACAACACAAGCAAAGGCUACCAAAAUGACAUGGGCCACAAUGUGACUUCUGAUCACCACUAUGACAACUCAAGCAACAGCCACCACCAGAGCGACAUGGGCCAUCACCAUGACAACUCAACCCAAGGCUACCAAAAUGACAUGGGCCACAAUGUGACUUCUGAUGACCACUACGACAAUUCUAGCCAGAGCGACAUUGGCCACAAUGUGACUUCUGAUGACAACUCAAGCAACGGCCUCCACCAGAGCGACAUGGGCCAUCACCAUGACAACACAAGCCAUGGCCACCAAAAUGACAUGGGCCACAAUGUGACUUCUGAUGACCACUAUGACAACUCAAGCCACCACCAGAGCGACAUGGGCUACAAUGUGACUUCUGAUGACCACUAUGACAACUCAAGCAACAGCCACCACCAGAGCGACAUGGGCCACAAUGUGACUUCUGAUGACCACUAUGACAACUCAAGCCACCACCAGAGCGACAUGGGCCACAAUGUGACUUCUGAUGACCACUAUGACAACUCAAGCAACGGCCACCACCAGAGUGACAUGGGCCAUCACCAUGACAACUCAAGCCAAGGCUACCAAAAUGACAUGGGCCACAAUGUGACUUCAGACGACCACUAUGACAACUCAAGCGACGGCCACCACCAGAGCGACAUGGGCCAUCACCAUGACAACUCAAGCCAAGGCUACCAAAAUGACAUGGGCCACAAUGUGACUUCUGAUGACCACUAUGACAACUCAAGCAACGGCCACCACCUGAGCGAAAUGGGCCAUCACCAUGACAACGCAAGCAAAGGCUACCAAAAUGACAUGGGCCACAAUGUGACUUCAGAUGACCACUAUGACAACUCAAGCAACAGCCACCACCAGAGCGACAUGGGCCACAAUGUGACUUCUGAUGACCACUAUGACAACUCAAGCAAUGGCCACCACCAGAGCGACAUGGGCCAUCACCAUGACAACGCAAGCAAAGGCUACCAAAAUGACAUGGGCCACAAUGUGACUUCUGAUGACCACUAUGACAACUCAAGCCACCACCAGAGCGACAUGGGCUACAAUGUGACUUCUGAUGACCACUCUGACAACUCAAGCAACGGCCACCACCAGAGUGACAUGGGCCAUCACCAUGACAACUCAAGCCAAGGCUACCAAAAUGACAUGGGCCACAAUGUGACUUCUGAUGACCACUAUGACAACUCAAGCAACGGCCACCACCUGAGCGAAAUGGGCCAUCACCAUGACAACGCAAGCAAAGGCUACCAAAAUGACAUGGGCCACAAUGUGACUUCAGAUGACCACUAUGACAACUCAAGCAACAGCCACCACCAGAGCGACAUGGGCCACAAUGUGACUUCUGAUGACCACUAUGACAACUCAAGCAAUGGCCACCACCAGAGCGACAUGGGCCAUCACCAUGACAACGCAAGCAAAGGCUACCAAAAUGACAUGGGCCACAAUGUGACUUCUGAUGACCACUAUGACAACUCAAGCCACCACCAGAGCGACAUGGGCUACAAUGUGACUUCUGAUGACCACUCUGACAACUCAAGCAACGGCCACCACCAGAGUGACAUGGGCCAUCACCAUGACAACUCAAGCCAAGGCUACCAAAAUGACAUGGGCCACAAUGUGACUUCUGAUGACCACUAUGACAACUCAAGCAACGGCCAUCACCAUGACAACACAAGCAAAGGCUACCAAAAUGACAUGGGCCACAAUGUGACUUCUGAUGACCACUAUGACAACUCAAGCAACGGCCACCACCUGAGCGAAAUGGGCCAUCACCAUGACAACGCAAGCAAAGGCUACCAAAAUGACAUGGGCCACAAUGUGACUUCAGAUGACCACUAUGACAACUCAAGCAACAGCCACCACCAGAGCGACAUGGGCCACAAUGUGACUUCUGAUGACCACUAUGACAACUCAAGCAACGGCCACCACCAGAGUGACAUGGGCCAUCACCAUGACAACUCAAGCAAAGGCUACCAAAAUGACAUGGGCCACAAUGUGACUUCAGACGACCACUAUGACAACUCAAGCAACAGCCACCACCAGAGCGACAUGGGCCACAAUGUGACUUCUGAUGACCACUAUGACAACUCAAGCAAUGGCCACCACCAGAGCGACAUGGGCCAUCACCAUGACAACUCAAGCCAAGGCUACCAAAAUGACAUGGGCCACAAUGUGACUGACCACUAUGACAACUCAAGCCACCACCAGAGCGACAUGGGCUACAAUGUGACUUCUGAUGACCACUCUGACAACUCAAGCAACGGCCACCACCAGAGUGACAUGGGCCAUCACCAUGACAACUCAAGCAAAGGCUACCAAAAUGACAUGGGCCACAAUGUGACUUCUGAUGACCACUAUGACAACUCAAGCAAUGGCCACCACCAGAGCGACAUGGGCCACAAUGUGACUUCUGAUGACCACUAUGACAACUCAAGCAAUGGCCACCACCAGAGCGACAUGGGCCAUCACCAUGACAACUCAAGCCAAGGCUACCAAAAUGACAUGGGCCACAAUGUGACUUCUGAUGACCACUCAAGCCACCACCAGAGCGACAUGGGCCACAAUGUGACUUCUGAUGACCACUAUGACAACUCAAGCCACCAGCAGAGCGACAUGGGUCACAAUGUGACGUCUGAUGACCACUAUGACAACUCAAGCCACCACCAGAGCGACAUGGGCCACAAUGUGACUUCUGAUGACCACUAUGACAACUCAAGCCACCACCAGAGCGACAUGGGCCACAAUGUGACUUCUGAUGACCACUAUGACAACUCAAGCCACCACCAGAGCGACAUGGGCCAUCACCAUGACAACUCAAGCAAAGGCUACCAAAAUGACAUGGGCCACAAUGUGACUUCUGAUGACCACUAUGACAACUCAAGCCACCACCAGAAUGACAUGGGCCAUCACCAUGACAACUCAAGCCAAGGCUACCAAAAUGACAUGGGCCACAAUGUGACUUCUGAUGACCACUCAAGCCACCACCAGAGCGACAUGGGCCACAAUGUGACUUCUGAUGACCACUAUGACAACUCAAGCCACCACCAGAGCGACAUGGGCCACAAUGUGACUUCUGAUGACCACUAUGACAACUCAAGCAAUGGCCACCACCAGAGCGACAUGGGCCACAAUGUGACUUCUGAUGACCACUAUAACAACUCAAGCCACCACCAGAGCGACAUGGGCCAUCACCAUGACAACUCAAGCCAAGGCUACCAAAAUGACAUGGGCCACAAUGUGACUUCUGAUGACAACUCAAGCAACAGCCACCACCAGAGCGACAUGGGCCACAAUGUGACUUCUGAUGACCACUAUGACAACUCAAGCCACCACCAGAGCGACAUGGGCCACAAUGUGACUUCUGAUGACCACUAUGACAACUCAAGCCACCACCAGAGCGACAUGGGCCAUCACCAUGACAACUCAAGCCACCACCAGAGCGACAUGGGCCACAAUGUGACUUCUGAUGACCACUAUGACAACUCAAGCCACCACCAGAGCGACAUGGGCCAUCACCAUGACAACUCAAGCCACCACCAGAGCGACAUGGGCCAUCACCAUGACAACUCAAGCCAAGGCUACCAAAAUGACAUGGGCCACAAUGUGACUUCUGAUGACAACUCAAGCAACAGCCACCACCAGAGCGACAUGGGCCACAAUGUGACUUCUGAUGACCACUAUGACAACUCAAGCCACCACCAGAGCGACAUGGGCCAUCACCAUGACAACUCAAGCCACCACCAGAGCGACAUGGGCCACAAUGUGACUUCUGAUGACCACUAUGACAACUCAAGCCACCACCAGAGCGACAUGGGCCAUCACCAUGACAACUCAAGCCACCACCAGAGCGACAUGGGCCACAAUGUGACUUCUGAUGACCACUAUGACAACUCAAGCCACCACCAGAGCGACAUGGGCCACAAUGUGACUUCUGAUGACCACUCAAGCCACCACCAGAGCGACAUGGGCCACAAUGUGACUUCUGAUGACCACUAUGACAACUCAAGCCACCACCAGAGCGACAUGGGCCACAAUGUGACUUCUGAUGACCACUAUGACAACUCAAGCAAUGGCCACCACCAGAGCGACAUGGGCCACAAUGUGACUUCUGAUGACCACUAUAACAACUCAAGCCACCACCAGAGCGACAUGGGCCAUCACCAUGACAACUCAAGCCAAGGCUACCAAAAUGACAUGGGCCACAAUGUGACUUCUGAUGACCACUAUGACAACUCAAGCCACCACCAGAGCGACAUGGGCCACAAUGUGACUUCUGAUGACCACUAUGACAACUCAAGCAAUGGCCACCACCAGAGCGACAUGGGCCACAAUGUGACUUCUGAUGACCACUAUAACAACUCAAGCCACCACCAGAGCGACAUGGGCCAUCACCAUGACAACUCAAGCCAAGGCUACCAAAAUGACAUGGGCCACAAUGUGACUUCUGAUGACCACUAUGACAACUCAAGCCACCACCAGAGCGACAUGGGCCACAAUGUGACUUCUGAUGACCACUAUAACAACUCAAGCCACCACCAGAGCGACAUGGGCCAUCACCAUGACAACUCAAGCCAAGGCUACCAAAAUGACAUGGGCCACAAUGUGACUUCUGAUGACCACUAUGACAACUCAAGCCACCACCAGAGCGACAUGGGCCACAAUGUGACUUCUGAUGACCACUAUGACAACUCAAGCCACCACCAGAGCGACAUGGGCCACAAUGUGACUUCUGAUGACCACUAUGACAACUCAAGCCACCACCAGAGCGACAUGGGCCAUCACCAUGACAACUCAAGCAAAGGCUACCAAAAUGACAUGGGCCACAAUGUGACUUCUGAUGACAACUCAAGCAACAGCCACCACCAGAGCGACAUGGGCCACAAUGUGACUUCUGAUGACCACUAUGACAACUCAAGCCACCACCAGAGCGACAUGGGCCAUCACCAUGACAACUCAAGCAAAGGCUACCAAAAUGACAUGGGCCACAAUGUGACUUCUGAUGACAACUCAAGCAACAGCCACCACCAGAGCGACAUGGGCCACAAUGUGACUUCUGAUGACCACUAUGACAACUCAAGCCACCACCAGAGCGACAUGGGCCAUCACCAUGACAACUCAAGCCACCACCAGAGCGACAUGGGCCACAAUGUGACUUCUGAUGACCACUAUGACAACUCAAGCCACCACCAGAGCGACAUGGGCCAUCACCAUGACAACUCAAGCCACCACCAGAGCGACAUGGGCCACAAUGUGACUUCUGAUGACCACUAUGACAACUCAAGCCACCACCAGAGCGACAUGGGCCACAAUGUGACUUCUGAUGACCACUAUGACAACUCAAGCCACCACCAGAGCGACAUGGGCCAUCACCAUGACAACUCAAGCCACCACCAGAGCGACAUGGGCCACAAUGUGACUUCUGAUGACCACUAUGACAACUCAAGCCACCACCAGAGCGACAUGGGCCAUCACCAUGACAACUCAAGCCACCACCAGAGCGACAUGGGCCACAAUGUGACUUCUGAUGACCACUAUGACAACUCAAGCCACCACCAGAGCGACAUGGGCCACAAUGUGACUUCUGAUGACCACUCAAGCCACCACCAGAGCGACAUGGGCCACAAUGUGACUUCUGAUGACCACUAUGACAACUCAAGCCACCACCAGAGCGACAUGGGCCACAAUGUGACUUCUGAUGACCACUAUGACAACUCAAGCAAUGGCCACCACCAGAGCGACAUGGGCCACAAUGUGACUUCUGAUGACCACUAUAACAACUCAAGCCACCACCAGAGCGACAUGGGCCAUCACCAUGACAACUCAAGCCAAGGCUACCAAAAUGACAUGGGCCACAAUGUGACUUCUGAUGACCACUAUGACAACUCAAGCCACCACCAGAGCGACAUGGGCCACAAUGUGACUUCUGAUGACCACUAUGACAACUCAAGCAAUGGCCACCACCAGAGCGACAUGGGCCACAAUGUGACUUCUGAUGACCACUAUAACAACUCAAGCCACCACCAGAGCGACAUGGGCCAUCACCAUGACAACUCAAGCCAAGGCUACCAAAAUGACAUGGGCCACAAUGUGACUUCUGAUGACCACUAUGACAACUCAAGCCACCACCAGAGCGACAUGGGCCACAAUGUGACUUCUGAUGACCACUAUGACAACUCAAGCCACCACCAGAGCGACAUGGGCCACAAUGUGACUUCUGAUGACCACUAUGACAACUCAAGCCACCACCAGAGCGACAUGGGCCAUCACCAUGACAACUCAAGCAAAGGCUACCAAAAUGACAUGGGCCACAAUGUGACUUCUGAUGACAACUCAAGCAACAGCCACCACCAGAGCGACAUGGGCCACAAUGUGACUUCUGAUGACCACUAUGACAACUCAAGCCACCACCAGAGCGACAUGGGCCACAAUGUGACUUCUGAUGACCACUAUGACAACUCAAGCCACCACCAGAGCGACAUGGGCCAUCACCAUGACAACUCAAGCCACCACCAGAGCGACAUGGGCCACAAUGUGACUUCUGAUGACCACUAUGACAACUCAAGCCACCACCAGAGCGACAUGGGCCAUCACCAUGACAACUCAAGCCACCACCAGAGCGACAUGGGCCACAAUGUGACUUCUGAUGACCACUAUGACAACUCAAGCCACCACCAGAGCGACAUGGGCCAUCACCAUGACAACUCAAGCCACCACCAGAGCGACAUGGGCCACAAUGUGACUUCUGAUGACCACUAUGACAACUCAAGCCACCACCAGAGCGACAUGGGCCACAAUGUGACUUCUGAUGACCACUAUGACAACUCAAGCAACGGCCACCAAGAGAGCGACAUGGGUCAUCACCAUGACAACUCAAGCCAAGGCUAGUUGAGUUGGGCCACAAGGUGAAAUUUAAAGUGCAACAUCAAUAGGAGCAGUAAUGUGACUAUGUGCAAUGUUCAUAACAAAAUGGAGAUGUAUGGUGGCAGGAAAAGUAUUUAUGAAAUUUGUAUAUAAAAAUAAACAAUUUCCAUCCAA